AUGCACAAAAAGGACGGCAAGGUACGUUACGGAAAGGGGCCCGAAUGGCGGAUGGCGCCCACGCGCGAAACGCUCGGAGUGGGCGGCGUCGCACGGUGGCGAGGGACACACCCACCGGAGGCCGGACUGGGCCGACACUUAGCCCCUAAUGGACCAAAUUUGAACCCUAAUGGAAGGGGAGGAGCUAGGGGAGGGAAAGUGGGUGGGGCCUCUCGUGGGGACGUACGCCACUCCGUGGCGCCCUUCGAGGAAGAGGAGGAGGGAGAGGAGGAGGAGGGAGGAGAGGAGGAGGAGGAAGAGGAGGAGGAGGAAGAGCAGGAGGAGGAGGAGGGAGAGGAGGAGGAGGAGGGAGAGGAAGAGGAGGAAGAGCAGGAGGGAGAGGAGGAGGGAGAGGAAGAGCAGGAAGAGCAGGAGGGAGAGGAGGAGGAGGAGGAGGGAGAGGAAGAGCAGGAGGAAGAGCAGGAGGAGGGAGAGGAAGAGCAGGAGGAAGAGCAGGAGGAAGAGCAGGAGGAGGGAGAGGAAGAGCAGGAGGAGGAGCAGGAGGAGGGAGAGGAAGAGCAGGAGGAGGAGGGAGAGGAGGAGGAGGAAGAAAGAGGAAGAGGAGGAGGAAGAGGAGGAGAGGAGGAAGAGGAGGAAGAGGAAGAGGAGGAAGACGAGGAGGAAGAGGAAGAAGAGGAGGAGGAAGAGGAGGAGGAACAGGAGGAAGAGGAAGAGGAGGGAGAGCUUCCAGGCCCAGGUUUAGUGUGUGUGUGGCAGGUCUGUGGGAGAAUGCAGAUGGAGGCUGUGAGGCCCUAA